CAUCAAUUUCUACAUUGUUUUUUUAAUAAUCAUUUUUUUGAUGUGAAAUUUUUGUUUGUUUUUUUUUGAAAUUUCAAGUUUUUGUGUGUUCGUGUUCCAGAAUAUAGUGGAUACUAAAAAUUAUCAAAAAAUUUUUUCAUGAAAAAAUAAAAAAUAAAAAAAAUCCAUAUCAUAUCAUAUCCAAACAUGACAACAAUGGCAAUAUUAAAAGACAAACAUCCCCAUCAUUGCUAUUUGUUGAGGAAAUUAUUAUUUUUAUUAUCAUCAUAUAAUUAUGGUGGUUCACAUCGAGGAAAAAUUCCACGAUCAACGUCAUCAACAACAACAACAACAAAAUUAUACAUUCGAUUUCAUCCGAUAUCCAUAUUUAUAUUAUUAUUAUUAUCAUUAUCAACAUUAACCGAUGGCCAUCAAUCGAUUGAAACAUUAUCAUCAUCAUCAUCAACAACAGAAGCAACAUCAUCAUUACCAACAACAACAUUGAUGAUGAACAUAAGUAAUGAUGAUACAAUCAUUACAACUACUGAAUUAUUAUUAGAUGAUGAUAAUAAUAAUAAUAAUAAUGUUGAUGUUGAUGAUGAUGAUGAAAAUCAGAUUAUUCCGAAAACAGAAGCAAUAAUAACAACAACAUUUAAAAAUAUUAUUCCAAAUUUGUCCACAGUUGAUGAUAAUAAUCAUAAUCAUAAUAAUCAUGAUUUAUUGCCAUUAGCAACGAUGACAUCAACAGCCGCAUCAACAACAACAACAACAACAUUGAAAUCAAAUCAAAUUUUCAAUCAAUCAUCAAUCAUUGUUAAUGAUAAUAAUGUCAAUAUUGAUUGUUUUCAAUUUGAUCAAAUUGUUGAAAAAUAUCCGCUUAAUCAGAUUUGUCAUGAAAAUAUCGAAAUUGAUGGACGUUAUUUUAAUAAACAUUUAUCAUUUAUUAAAGAAAAUAAUGGAUUGCCAAAUAAUUUAACAAAAUUAAUAAGCCAAUAUGAACAUUGCCAUAUUAUUUCCGGUUUCGUUUCAUUACGACAUUUUUAUUUUAAUCAAAAUGAUUCAUUAUUAAUUAAUCUAGUCUUUCCGAAUCUUGAAUUUAUUCGAGAUUUUUUACUUAUACAUAAUUUUCGUUCAAUUAAUGAUGAUUUGAAUGUAAAUAUAACAUUGGGACAUAUAUUUCCACGUUUAAAACGUAUUUAUGGAUAUCGUCGUAUUGAUAAUAUUGCUUUAACUAUAUCGAAUUUUUGGACAAGUGAUCAUAUUUCAAUUGAUUCAUUACAACAAGUAUGUGGUACGGUUAAAAUACUUGAAUCACGGCCAUAUUUUCGUCAUUCAUCAACAUAUUGGCAUCUAGUGGAUAGAUAUCGUAAUCGAAAAUUAUUCUCCAAAAUGGCUAGAUUUCAAUCAAAUUAUUUAAUACCAGUACGAACAAUUAAUGAUGAUGAAAAUGGAUCAAAUAUUAUUGGUUUUGAUUCGCAAUUACGAUUCGAUAAUAUUAUAUCGACAAUAAAACGUCGUAUUUAUCCUAUAUUGCAUGCAUCAAUCUAUGAAAUUGAUCCAACAUUUUAUUCAUUCGUUGAAACUGGUGAUCGGAGAUCAACAUUUUUCUGUAAUAUAUCAUCAAGAAUAGUUAUAUUAUCCGAUUUAGAUUAUUCGGAUAAACAAUUUCUAUUUCCUUAUCAUACGAAUUCAUUUGAUCAGAAAGCUUUUCCCUAUUGGAAAACGAAUAAUUUAUAUGAAAGUUUUAAAAAUGAAUCGCAUAUUCAUCCAGCUCAUUUUCUCUAUAAUCGUCGUUUGGAUAAUAUCGAUAUCUGUCGUUUACAUAAUAUUUAUUAUGAUGAUACUUAUAAUAAUGAUAAACAUCAAUCAAUGAUGAUAACAAAUGAAACAUAUCCAUUUCAAUUUGAACAUUUUUAUGUUAUAAAAUUAGAAUUCUGUGUUGAUCGACGUCAUGAAAAAUGUAUUGUACAUCAACAUUAUAUAUUUAAUCCAAAAUAUGAUGAUUUUGAACAAAUAUUAUUCAAAAUUCAACAUGAAAUGAAUGGAAAUUGGAUUCUCAAAACCAUAAUAAUUAUAAUUUCAAUAUUAACUUUAUCCAUUAUUGGAUUAUUUAUCUGUUGUCAACGUCAAAUUCGAUUAUAUCGUUUAUUUGGAUUAAAAUCAUUUGUUAAUAUGGAUGUUAUAUCAGUGAAUCCAGAUUAUGGUAAUAUGUCCAAUAAUAAUCAUCAUACAGAUCAUUCAAAUCAUUUUUGGUCGACAACAUUUCAUUAUGGACCACAGCAACCAUUAUCAUCAUCAUCAUCUUCAUCGAUCAUAACGAAUGAUAAUAUUGCAUGUGAAAUUAAUCGUCAAUCAUUGAAACUAAAUCCACAAAAAACUCUUGGUAAAGGUGAAUUUGGUAUCGUUUAUGAAGGUUUAUUAUUAUUAGAUCAUGAUCUUGGUUGUUCAUAUCAUCGUUUGGCUGGAACAAAAACGUUAGAAGAAGAAUCAACAGAAAAUUCUAUUUCAUCAUGUACAUGUAUGACUCAAUCAAAUCCAAAUAAUGAUAAUAUACCAUCGAUUCGUGUUGCCAUUAAACAAUUAAAAGAUAAUGGUUUUACCGGUAGUGGUGCGAUAAUAAAUAAGGAAAAAUUUAUUCAGGAAGCAAAAUUUAUGAAAACUUUUAAUUCAAAUUUUUUGGUAAAAUUAUUGGGUGUUUCAACUGCUGUCGAACCGAUUCUUGUAGUAAUGGAAUAUAUGGAACAUAAUGAUUUGAAACGAUUUUUACGACAACGAUAUCAGGAUUAUUUAAAAAGUCGAAAUAAUGAUCUUUUACCAUCGUUUGAUCAAUUGGCUCGUAUGGCCAUUCAAAUUGCUGAUGGUAUGCAUUAUUUACAUUCAAAAAGAGUUAUACAUCGUGAUCUGGCUGCACGUAAUUGUAUGGUUGCAGCUGAUUUAACUGUAAAAAUUGGUGAUUUUGGUCUUACACGUGAUCUUUAUGAAAAAGAUUAUUAUCGUUUAUCCGAAGAAACACCAAUGCCAUUACGUUGGAUGGCACCGGAAUCCGUACGAAAUCAGGUUUACACACCAUAUUCUGAUGUAUGGUCAUAUGGUGUAGUAUUAUGGGAGAUAAUGUCUUUUGGUGAACAACCUUAUCAUGGUCGAUCGGAUAUGGAAGUGAAAAAACUAUUGGCAAAUAAUGGUCGACUUUCAAGACCGUUAUAUUAUUUUGAACCAUUAUGGGAAAUCGCUAAACUUUGUUGGUGUAAACGACCAACACAGCGACCAUGUUUUGGUGAAAUAAUUGAAAUGCUUUAUCCACAUUUAUCAACCAAUCGUGAUCAAUUCGAUAAUCUAUCAUAUUAUGUAUCUAGUCGUAUGGGAAGCUAUGUUAAAUACUCAACAUUUGGCCUUAUGAUCAAUCAUUGUUUUUCAUUUGUAUGGAAUUUGUGUUCAUCAAAUAAAUCACCUUCAUCAAAGAAUCGUCAAUCGUCAAUGUUUACAUCGACUUCGGCUGCAUCAACAUCCAUAUCACAGCCAUUAUUGAAUCAGAAUCAAAAUCAGCAACAACAACAAAGACGUGAUACAAAUUCAUCACAACAAUCCACUUCAACUAUAAUUGAUUGUGGUUGUUCAAAAUUGCCAUUACGAUUUCAGAAAAAGAAACCAUUAUUAUUAUCAUCAUCACCAUUUAAACGUUUACAUAGACAAUUUUCAACAUGUUCAUCAUCAACAAAUGCAACAACAGCAACGACAACAACAACAACAAAUAAUGUAGAUCAAAUGAUAAUGAUGAAUAUGGUUUAUCCAUCACCAACAUCAACAUCAUCACAACUACAAUUACCACCACCUUCAUCAUUGAUUACAUGUUCAUCACAAACUUUACAAUCACAUCCACCUUUAUCUAAUCUAUGGAAUAAUCAUCCAAUAUCAAAUUUACCAUCAUCUGUUACUAUUCCUUAUGGAUCAUGGAUUCAAAUGAAUUCAAAUAAUCAUUCCAAUUUUUUUCCAUUAAUGGCUCAACAACAUUAUAAUCAUCAUCAUCAUCAUCAUCCACAACAACAACAGUAUUCAAGUAUGGAAAGUUUACCUAGCUCAUCUAUAACCGAUACACAAACAGAUAUAACAACAUUAACAACAUCUGGUUAUCAUCAUCAUUAUCCACAUCCACAUAAUCAAUUAUUAUUCCAUAAUCAUCAAUAUCCACAACAACAACAACAUUUACUAGUGGAUGAUAAUUGUAAUUAUGAAAUUAUGUCGGCCGGUGGUGCGAUUAGUUGUACUAUGAAUGCUGAGGCUGCUGCUACUGCUGAUAAUAAUGAUGAUGAUGAUGAUGUCAUUUCAAAAGAAAAUCCCGAAAUAUCAUCUACAAUGCCUUUGAUUUAAAUAUUUUUUCUAAUUUUAUUUUUUUUAUAUAUUCUAUUUUUUAAAAAUGAUUUUUCAAAAAUCGCCAAAAACAAAUACACAGAAUAUU